CUCUCUCCCUCCUGUUACCCAAGCCUGUCUGAAGCCUUCUCCAUUCGGACUCAGACCAUUACUCUCUCUCUCUCUCUCUCUGUGAUCGGAGCCAGCCAUGUCCGUCGGAAUCGUCACGCUCGAAAUGCGGAGCCACAACUCCACGAGUAGCGACGCCAUGAGCGGAGCGACGCCGGAAGUGAACCAGUCGCCAUACCGGAAACUCAACUCGAUCAAGAGAUAAGAUCAAUACAGGCCGAGUCUCGAGUUGCAGCCACUGCCGUCGAUCGCAAAGCCGCCGCAGCCUCAGAACCCGAUUCGCCGUCGCCGAUGACGUCUUGAGUUUUUCCGAUCCACGCCAUGAGUUUCAUCUUCGCAAACAGAAAACACCCGCAGGUAAAAUAGGAGGCAUUGCUGUGGUUGAUUUGAAUCGAGAGAGGAAAGGGAUGGAGUCUAGGAUGGAUCAGUAUGAGCUGAUGGAGCAGAUCGGCCGGGGAGCUUUCGGAGCCGCGAUUUUGGUUCAUCACAAGGCUGAGAAGAAGAAGUAUGUGUUGAAGAAGAUCCAGCUUGCAAGGCAGACGGAGCGGUGCCGGAGAUCUGCUCAUCAAGAGAUGGCUCUUAUUGCCCGGAUUCAGCACCCGUACAUUGUGGAAUUUAAGGAAGCCUGGGUUGAGAAGGGUUGCUAUGUUUGCAUUGUCACUGGAUACUGUGAAGGUGGAGAUAUGGCUGAGUUGAUGAAGAAAUCCAAUGGGGUUUAUUUUCCUGAGGAGAAACUAUGCAGGUGGUUCACGCAGCUACUCUUGGCAGUUGAAUACCUGCAUUCAAAUUAUGUUCUACAUCGUGAUCUAAAAUGUUCCAAUAUAUUGUUAUUGUUUAUGAGGUCACAUAUCCUUCAUUGCUAUCAUUCUUUACUGCUAAUGAGGUGCAAUCUAGAAAUAAAUGACCCUGAUAUGUAUAUAUAUCCAUUUAGUAAUCAUAUUCUCAUAGUGACAUGUUUUGUAUAGAGCUACCGUGCAUCCUCUUUUUUCUUCUACAACUCUCCAUGCUUACAAAAAGUCGGUAGUUAAGUUGAUCAAGUAUCUGGAUAUUCUAUAUAUUUAACUUUUUCCUGAAUGAAUUCCUUUCACAUUCUAGUGUAUGCCAUUUAGAUUUAAUAAACUGAGUAAAUAGAUGUUUAGAAAACCAUAUUGAGGGGUCAAACUAGAAGCUUUUACAUUUAUAUAUGAAGGAAACAACUUGGUUCUUAUUCUAGAAAAGUUGAGCUAUUUAUACUUGAUGGUAAUAGUGACAUUGCUGCUAUUAUGGAAUUGAUUGUUUUCCUAUAUUUUUGUGGCAGGUUGUAGGAACCCCCAAUUACAUGUGUCCUGAACUGCUUGCUGAUAUUCCUUAUGGCUUCAAAUCUGAUAUCUGGUCUUUAGUUUGCUAUUAGCAAUCCUCCGAUUUGGUUAAUCAAAGAAAUGACGUUCAAUUAUAAUUGGCAAAGAUCUGAGUCGAAUUGCAUUUCCUUUCUCUGAAUCUUCUGAGUCUUGACAAUGAAUUAGUGUGACUUUAGUUUGUAAUAGCAUUGCAACAUAUAUCAUGUAAUGAUUUUUGCUAUGGUGAAUCCUGUUCUUUCCCAAUAACAUUCCUCUCUAUCUUGAAUUAGAGUAUUGACAGUUCAGAUACUUGAAUUUUAUUUUUUUGUUA